CAAUCACUCAAUCACUCAUCAAUUGUCUUCAAAUAGUCAUUGAAUUGAUUACUAAACCAAAUAAUUACUUCAAACUAAACUAAACUUUUAGAAAAUGUUUAGAAUUACAAUUAUUGCUGUUUUCUUGACUUUUGCCUACUGUUGGCCCAUAGACGAGGAAAUGGAGGGCACUACCCGACCCCCGAUACAGCCGGUGAGCUGUAAGGGUCACGACCCGGAUAAGAUGUUCAGAGACCCCCUGAAUCCCCACAUUUUCCACCAGUGCUCUCGUGGCAAAUGGAUCGCCGGCUUCUGGUGUCCGGGAAAUCUAGUCUUCGACGAGAAGGAGCAGACCUGCGAUAGAGAUCCCGACGUCCCGGUAGUCAAGUGCCCAAAACCUGAUGGUCUCUUUGAGAUGCCGGGCAAUCCUCACAAGUUUAUCGACUGUCAGGGAGGCAUAGGCUAUGUCAUCACCUGUCCUGAAGACCUAGUCUUUAGUGAACUCAACCAGACCUGUGUGUACAACGAUCACGGACUCACUUGGCCUACCGAUCCCACCAUUGCUCCCACUAAACCCACAGCUAGUCCUACUGCUGUCCUACUGCUGGUCCUACUUCUGGCCCGACAUCUGGGCCAACGGCUAGACCUACCGCCGCAUCAACAGCUGGUUCAACGGCUAGACCUACCGCCGGAUCAACAGCUGGUUCAACGGCCAGACCUACUGUCCGACCAACUACUGGCCCUACAGUGGCCCCUUCAGUAG